CUUUGGGGUUUGUGCUGCUGCCUUUUUACCACCAAAGACUCCGGAUCCUGGCCUCUGUGACUCCUCUACAAGAAGACAGGAGGGUUUUGAUUGAUCGUUUGGUUUUUGGGAUCGCUAUGGAGCUGGAGAAUAUUGUGGCCAACACAGUCCUGCUGAAAGCCAGAGAAGGAGGUGGAGGGAAGCGGAAAGGGAGGAGUAAGAAAUGGAAAGAGAUCCUCAGAUUCCCACACAUCAGCCAGUGUGACGACCUUCGGAAAGGCCUGGAAAGGGACUACAGCAGCCUGUGUGACAAGCAGCCCAUCGGCCGGCUGCUCUUCCGUCAGUUCUGCGAGAGGCGGCCAGAGCUGCAGCGCUGCAUCCACUUCCUGGAUGCUGUGAUCGAUUACGAGCUCUCCCCGGAUGAGCGGCGCAAGGAGAUGGGCGACGAGAUCAUCCGAAGGUUCUUUAAAAGCGAGUCUUCAGACUACAUGCCGGAAAUCAGCCAGGCCCUCAUGAACCAGUGCAUGGAGAACCUGCAGAAAAGUGCCUGUAAAGACCUCUUCAGCAGCUGUCUGCACCCUAUGCACGAGUACCUGAGCGGCGCGCCCUUCGCCGACUAUCGGGACAGCAUGUAUUUCGACCGGUUCCUGCAGUGGAAGUACUUGGAAAGGCAGUCGGUGACCAAGGACACCUUCCGGCAGUACCGGAUCCUGGGCAAGGGGGGCUUUGGAGAGGUCUGUGCCUGCCAGGUACGAGCGACAGGCAAGAUGUACGCCUGCAAGAAGCUGGAGAAGAAGCGGAUCAAGAAGCGGAAAGGGGAGGCGAUGGCCCUGAACGAGAAGCAGAUCCUGGAGAAAGUCAACAGCAGGUUUGUGGUCAGUCUGGCCUACGCCUACGAGACGAAGGACGCGCUCUGCCUGGUGCUGACCAUCAUGAACGGGGGCGACCUCAAGUUCCACAUCUACAACAUGGGCAACCCCGGCUUCGAGGAUGAACGUGUCAUCUUCUACGCCGCCGAGAUCUGCUGCGGGCUGCAGCACCUGCACCAGGAGGGCAUUGUCUACAGGGAUCUGAAGCCAGAGAACAUCCUGCUGGAUGAUGACGGACACAUCCGGAUCUCGGACCUGGGGCUGGCCAUUAAGAUUCCGGAGGGCGAGAUGAUCCGUGGCCGCGUCGGGACCGUCGGCUACAUGGCUCCGGAGGUGAUUAACAACGAGCGCUACACCUUCAGCCCAGACUGGUGGGGGCUGGGCUGCCUGAUCUACGAGAUGAUCGAGGGGCAGUCGCCGUUCCGCGCCCGCAAGGAGAGGGUGAAGCGGGAGGAGGUGGAGAAGCGGGUGCAGGAGGAGCAGGAGCUGUAUUCCGACAAGUUCACCGAGGGCACCAAGGCCAUCUGCAAGAUGCUCCUGACCAAGGACCCGAAGCAGCGACUGGGCUGCGGGGAGGACGGGGCCGCCCAGGUGAAGCAGCAUCCAUUCUUCAGGGCCAUCAACUUCAAGCGCCUGGAGGCCGGGGUCAUAAAGCCGUCGUUUGUGCCAGAUCCUCGGGCCGUGUACUGCAAGGACGUGCUGGACAUCGAGCAGUUCUCCACCGUCAAGGGCGUCAACCUGGACCAAACGGACAGUGAUUUCUAUGCCAAAUUCGCCACGGGCAGCGUCUCCAUCCCCUGGCAGAAUGAGAUGAUAGAGACGGAGUGCUUUAAAGAUCUGAAUGUGUUUGGACCAAAUGGGAUGCGCUCCCCGGAUCUGGACUGGAAGCAGCUCCCCGAGCCGCCCAAGCGCAGCCUGCUUCAGCGGCUCUUCCGGCGGCACCCGGCUGACUACACCAUCAGCACCAACACACACUCCAACCUCACAGCGGGCGUGAACUCGCAUCCUCCCACGGCCAACUCCGUCUGCCAAGGCCGGGCCAUGGCACAGGCGCCUUCCUGACCCUCCCUUCUACCAUGGAGACCCUGCUCCGUUAGAGCCAGCACGGGCAGGCCCGGAGCUUGCCCGUGGAGCUACCCUCCUUGCCUUCUCAGGGUUACCGUGGAUGUGAAGCUGAGGCUGUUGGAGCCAGAGCUGGGGUGAGGGUGCUUUCCAUCACCCUGCCCUGCUGGGCUGAGUCACUCAUGGAGACCAGGUGGGAAGAUGCAGCCCCCCCGCAGGACCGCGUGCCAGAUACUCUCGCUGCACCUCAUCCCAUCCGCUUGCCUCUGGGUACCGCCACCAGAGCUGGCUCAGUCCUGCUCCCGGAGGCGCAUCGCUCUGGCACAGCCACAUGCUAGACACAGACUGCGCAAGGGAGCCUGUGUGUGUGUGUGUGUGUGUGUGUGUGUGUGUGUGCGAGGGUGGAGUCGGCGUUCAUUGGCACCAAUAGCUUCCUUGCCGUGCUCACUGGGGUGGCCUCCCACUCUGCCGCCGUGGUUCCUGCUGCGAACCCUGCCCUGGGAGGUACUGUCGGCAUUGUGCCCACCCUGCAUCUGUCAGGAGAAGGGUGCUCCCUGCUGGUGUCACCCCACUGUCUGCGGGGUUUGGGAGAGAGGAGGGGUGGGGCUCACAGCCCGAGUGGGAGCCCCUAGCUGCUCAGGCUGAACAGGGGCCAGCCAUAGCCAGCUGGCUGCAGAGACCAGGGGGCAGGUGUGCAGUGUGUCUUGUAGCUGCUUGGCCCCUUUCAGUCCAGGCAGGAUCUUUCCUGUUCUAGCACCGCCCCUGCCUCCCACCAGCACCGAUAGAGGGGCUCAGCCAGCCGUGUCCUGCCAGCGCAGGGGAAUCCGGAGUUAUGGUUUGCUAAAGAAGGGCAAAAAUGUCUGAACUGAAGGUGGAGCUCGUGUGACUGAACUCUCCACCUUGCUGCUCCCCUCUGGCGGGGCUGCGGGUCAGGACUGAGGGGCACCAGUAGAGCUCUGGGCUGGGGGCUCCCAGGGCUGGGAUGGGGGUGUGUG